AUUCCCUUGCCAUUAAUAAACACAUCAAUCCACCUUAAUUUCUAGUUCUUCCAUAAGCUCCCGUCGCAGUCGCGACCGCCACCAAAAGACUAGGCAUAUUGAUUCAAGAUCAGUGCAUGCAUAUGUUAUGGAGUUUCUGAAGCAAGCCAAGGUGGUACGCUUCCGAAGCCACCAUAACAAAUACCUCUUGGCCGCUGACGAUGAAGUCUCCGUUUGGCAGAACCGCGACGGCACGGUGAAGAACGCAAGGUGGACGGUGGAGUUGAUCAGCCAAAAUUCGAACACGUUACGAUUGAAGAGCUGUUUUGGGAAAUACUUAACAGCCUUAAGCACGCCAUACCUUCUGGGAAUCAAAAGCAAGAAGGUAUUGCAAACCCUACCGAGGACAUUGGAUUCAAUAGUGGAAUGGGAGCCUGUGAGCGUGGCAGAAGGAUACAAGGUGAAGCUGAAGACAGCCAACGGGCAAUACUUGCGUGCAAAUGGGUGUAGCUUACCGCCGUGGAAAGACUCCAUCUCGCACGACAAUCCUAACUGGAGAAGUACAACAAAAGAUUGGAUUUUGUGGAAUGUGGAUGUUGUGGAGAUUCGUCUGGAUGAUCAACAACAACAAGAACAACAAGAACGACAACGACAACGAGAACAAACAAAUAUUAAUAGUGACCAUAACGCUAGGAGUACUGGUGGUGAUGAUGAUCAUGAUCAAACAGAGCCCGGAUCUCCACUGGAGAUUGAUCUUACAUUGCCCAAACAGAAUUCACCUUCAUCUAAGAAAAAAAAUUAGCAUGCUUGAUGUUGGAAUUUGCCACCUUAUGAUCUCGAGAUCUUAAUGUAACUCGUAAUCGAAAAAAGAAAAAGAAAAGAUCUUUGUGUAACUUGGUAACCUGUAUUUUGGUCAGACCAUAUUUUUCUAUACAACUGACUCAAUUUCUUAUUCUAUUUAGCAA